CAAAAAGUGUCUUCUUCGACUAGGACAAGCAAAACACAGAUGAUUACAAUUACCUUUGACUCAAAGCCAACAUCCGUGUUCUGUCACAUGGGAGAUUUUGGAUGUGGGGAUGGAGGAUGGACACCGGUCAUGAAGAUGGACGGCAACAAGGUAAGGAGUAGCCUGUGUAAGGCUCUGAGGUAGUAGGGACAUCAGAGCUUGCCUCUGUAUGGGUGUUUCUGACGAAAUCGAACGCGAAGAUCGCCAUUGGUUGCGCUGAGCUUACUAGUAGCGUUACCACACAAAAAAAUGCUUAAUAUGCGACGAUUUCGUGCUUGCCUGAAGAAACGACGAUUUGAUGGAAAUUGCGCGACAAAAUCGACUUCUGCAGGUAUCCAUGCAGAGACUCACAUCACCGAAGUAAAACAGGCAAAGCGUUCUUAUUCUGCAUUCAGUCCAGUUCAGUUCAGUUCAUUUUUAUUUAGCCAAAAUAUAAUACAAUACAGGUAUUAUACACAUAGAAAUUGUAAGUUGUCAAGGGAGCCUAGAAGAAAUUAAACCAGAAGGCUUAUGAAGCCUGGGCUCCCCAGUCACAAAGAAAUAAGUAUAAUGAAAUUCGCUGAGUGAUACGUUGAAAAAGGAACUAGACAGAGACUGAGUUAAGUUAUGAAUUCAGUAAAAAAAUAAAGAAAAACGUUCUUAUUCUGGAUAGGUAGGGAUAUAAGGAGGGGGCAUCGCGAGUGUAAUGUUGUAUACAUUAGUAAUUUAUGGUUCAAUUAAUUUGACGGCCAAGUACUUGUUUCUCUCACAGCAAACUUUUGAAUACAAUUCCUCUCUCUGGAGCAACAAAGAAACCUAUAACCUUGACGGAGGGAAGACUGGGUUUGACUCACAGGAAACCAAACUUCCCUCCUACUGGAACACAUCCUUCUCCAAGAUCUGCCUCGGUAUGAAGAUCGGUCAGCAACCGGUCAAGUUUAUUGUCAUCAACAAGCAGGCCAACUCCUUGUACUCUCUGAUCGCUGAUGGGCAUUACAACGCCACCUCACUGGGUCGUGACACGUGGAAGUCACUGAUGGGCUCUGAUGCCUCCUUGCAGGACAAAUGUAACAAGGAAGGGUUCAAUGCUGCUUGUAGUAAAUGGGAAACUUCCAAAGCCAGGAUCGGUAUCAUUAGUAACAACGGAGAUAGUUGCGGGUCCUGUAACUCUAGAAUUGGGUUUGGUACUGGAGGAGAUCCUGAUAAAACCAACUCAUGUGGAAACGAAGCUGUUGAUUCUCCAGACAAUGGUGAUAAACAUAUUAAGGCCAUGGGAUAUAUUUUGGUGCAGUGAAAGGAAACUGAUCUAGGUUAAUUUUUUUUUGUGCCAAAGACGCUAAACGAAAUCUAUCUUAAGGGGCCGGUCGUUUAUUACCUGAAGGAGGGAGCAGGGGGGGGGGGUCAUUUUCCUGGACGUUCAUUUUAAAAUACUUGAUUUUUAGGGGUUCAUUUUCCAUUGAGAGAGCUUUUAAUAUCUGGGGGUCAUUUUAAUAGAUUUCAUGAAAGUAUUGAAAAGGCAUUUAAGAGCGUGAAUCAUAAUUGAAUGUAUAAGCCGUGAAUAGUAUAGGCACGCCGAUCUCAUAAACACGACUGUAGAUAAAUUAUGUGCAGGUGAACGUCAUCACGAUUUGCAGCCAAAAUCAGUGUUUCGUAAUUUCCACAGCAAUCGGGUGCAUCGGGUUAAGGGAGGGAGGAUCACUUUCACGAUAUGUAAAAUUCACGAGGGGUCAUUUUUAAAAAGCUGUGAUGCAUAAAGGAUUCGGUUUGAAAAUCUUCUAAGCCUUUUUCUACUUCUCAAAAUGGCGGCUCCCCACACCUUACAAGUAAUAAACGACCAGCCCUUAAAUUAACUCUAGAUCCUGUUAAUUUUUUUUGUAGAUGAACAGCAAGUUAUUUCUAGAUGGAAUUAAUGUAAACCAUUAUGCAUAAGAAAUAAAAGGUACACUAGAAAACCACGAUAAAAAUCAUUAACUAAGUUUCUCCAUUGCUCCUCAUAGUCUAUAGGCACAACAUUUCAUUUUGAGAUUGUAUGUCACCAAGUGGGCUGGAAAAGUUUUCAAACAGGGAUAGUCUGGUUCCAGAGGAGGCUGAAUCGGGCUUGCACCACGCAGUGAGGUAAAAAUUAGACAGGUAACUUUAAGGCUGAUACGGUUGCUGCACGGAUGCGUAGACAAUGUGCGAAGAACACGUUUGAUGUGUGAGGUGAUAAGCUGUGAUAAGAGAGCAAAGGCAGACCUCGCAUCAGUGAAACAUUUCCGACAUUUUUUUUUGAACAGGAAUAUGGGUUGUUAUUGUUGUUGUUUUUUUUUUGGAGAGAGAAGGAUGAAUGACGUCAGCUCACGGACACCUCCGAGAAAAGGGCGAUUAAUUGAACUGAGACAAGAUCAUCAUUAUCCAGCCAUCAUUAUCUUACCAGUUUUUUUUUUAAGAGCCUGGGUUAGUGUCAGCCUAGUCCUGAGGCGUUCUCUUUUGAUCCGUUCUCCGUGCGAAGUCUCGGUGACAUCACAGCUUAAGGUAGAGUCCAGGAAUGACCGAGCGGAAAACGCCUGGGGACUAGGCUGGGUUAGAGUUUUGUCCUGGAUUUAAACUGGGCCUCCUUGUGAGUAAGUCUGAGCCUGUGAACUGGCCGAGCAGUGGUUGCAGGCAUGCAUAUCAAUGAGAUGACUUUUUUGGUUCAAAACAAACGGUGAGGACAAGGACAUGCGUGCAGACAUACAGACACGGGCAACGUUGUUCCCAGCGAGAGAAGCAGCCCUAACAGUGGCAUUUCUCUGGGCCAUGUUGACUUCAGCAGGAACCGACAUAAACGCUUGGUUAACAGAUCUACUGAUAUUUUUCUCAACUGUCCUUUUCAAUUCCCUUAUUAUAGUAGCACCAAGAGAGGAUAAAGGGGACAGAGAAGGCAUCCCCCAUACACACCCUAUUGCAUAGGUAAUUCGUCUCGAGUUAUUUUUAGAAUCGGGAUAAAGUUGCCUCGCACGCUGCGUGGAUGUUUCUUGGAGGUUUCGCGUGACUAAACGCCGUGCAAAACAUGUCGGGCGAAAGGCAAUGAAAGCGUAAAGAGAUCGAGAGCAUUCCUGAAUAUUGAAGCGAAAUGAGUCGGCGCUCACCUGGGAAAAGGGAAUCGCUGGACUCUUUGACAACCUGUGAAAUCAGUUUAACUCGAAGUUGUCGUAGCCUCAGUUCUUUAAUAAAAUGAGGAAUUUCGCCAGUCUAUUGAAACCUGUCGUUUGUACAAUAAAGCAAGUAGGACGCCAAAUGUUUUAUUUGUUAAAUAAUAAAAGACUAAUAAAAGAAUAAAUAUCAAACCAGAAAUUGCUUUCUUCAAACUGUAAAUUAUAAAAGAUCCUGAGAGAAUAUUCAGUGUGUUAAGGAACUCCCUGCUGUACUGUUAGCUCUAUACAAGAGAGGAAAGGCGAUUCCCAUUUAAUUUCCGUUUCGCUGACACAGCUUUAGCAGAAAUCUCUCUGUAGUCGUUUUCGUCGACAAAACGAAUAGCAAUAUCGCUCUCCGCGUUUUCCGUCAUUUUGUUCUGCGUCAAUUCGUGACGGACGCGUGGCUCUGAGCGUGGGUCACCCACGCGGAACACAUUCGCGCUAUGUGAUUGGCUGUUGUCUAAUCCCCCUUGAGAUCUGUGGUGUUAAAAAUAACUCGAGACGAAUUACCUAUGGAAUAGGGUGUGUAUGGGGGAUGCCUUCUCUGUCCCCUUUAUCCUCUCUUGGUAGCACCGAUCUCUUCAGGUGAUACUAAAGUCUGGUUUCCAUGGCUUUCGAUCACGAACUUAGAAUUGUCCUUUUCAUCAAAGUGACCCUGAACUGGUAGAGUGUAGACAGUUUUCGUAAAUCAUCUUUCGAGAACUUCUUCCCAGUAAAACGUUUUGCGUCAUAAAUAGUUGAUCUAGGUUUCAAUUCAGCUUGAGCCAAGGCUCUGUUACCAACUAAUACUCCAUUAUCGGUAAAGGCUACAACGCUGGGAAUAACUUUGCUGCCGUUCUUGUUGGCCAGGAUGUCAACAUGGCCUGUUACAGCUUGAUAAACAGCAACACAGGAAAACGUCUUCCCUAGGACUAUUCCCAUAAUUUUUUGGUUUUGGCGGAGGAAGACGACUUUGAGCUAUAUAUCCGAAAAACGACACCCAAAAAAGAAUUCAUCUUUGAUCUUGCAGUCAAAUAAUUUCUGUAGUGAGACUCCCUGGAAGAGAAAACUCUUGCGACACGUACAUGCGUAUUGUGGACUGCACAGACUAAAAUAUGUUUUCUUAGGGACGAGUGAGACUGUCGAUGAGAAUUGUCGACGAGUGGGUAGAUCCACUCCCACUUCCUCAAAACAAAAAUAACAGAGCCAUAAAAGGCUAACUCCUGACUACAGGUAACCCUUUAUAAAACCUCUAAUUGCAUCCCACUCGUGGAAGCAAAAAAGUAACUUGACAUGAAAAAGAAGGAUUUUGGAAUCGGGAUCCGGGAUCAGGAUGACAUGCCUGAGGAGAAAGCGGGUGGCGGGAUGCAGGCUUGGUCUCUCUAACCUGUAGAAACACUACCAUUGAAUGAGAUUAGUAAUAAAGAUUUCUUCUCAAUCUUUCUGCUUCUACAAGAAGUGGUGAAGUUAUUUUUGUUUAGGCCUAGCCUGAAUUUCAGACAUGCCGCAUACUCCUCUCAGCUGAGAGAGCGACUCGAAUGAGUAUCUGAAGUUCAGGCUAAUUUAGGCAGUCAAAUACACGUAACAUUCAGUCAGAAGCGUAUAUGUUUCUGAAUUAACCAACAGGUGUGGUGACACUGGACGUCUUUCCGCCCCAAAAGACCACUUAAACAAAAACGUUGCCAUUGCAUCCGAUCUGUGCUCACCUACAAUCCAGCUUUUCCAUACCUUAACAAGAUCAUCACGAAACACCUGCCCAUGCUUCAAUCUUCAAACGGAUGCAAAGAAGCUUUUUAUGAACGCCCCUUUAUCGCAUACAGACGCCCCCGAAACCUACGUGACCUCCUU